UGCUGAUAAAGACAAACCAAAUCUUCACUCGAUCUUCACCUAUACAUAAAAAACAGUUUUAAUACUGCUCUCUGUCUACAGUCUCAGUGAGCAUUUUGCCACCUAUCAUUUCGGCUAACGCUAGCAAAUGACAAGUUGCUUUUCAUGUUUCACUAAAAUUGAACAACUCGUAAAGUCUGAAAAAAUAAUAACAUAUAUUCGUAUAUGCUAUAUAUAGAAAGCUGGACAUGCACUCUAAUUAAACAUAUGGACAACUUCAAUAGUCAUAUCACUGUUGCCUUAACUUAGCCCUAGCAAGAAACUAAGGCUUGUUGCAACUCGGACUGUUUCAAACGACGCACACAGGAAACCCCAAGCCGAGCAGCUGAGACUGUGGCACCAUCGCGUUUUGUUCCCAUGUUAUCUGCAUCUGUAAAAUGGGAAAGAAAAGGGGCAAGGACAAGAGCUCCAGAGAGGACGAUGACAUUAAUGUGACAGCUCCAUCCUGCAGGCAUAUUAAGAAAGGAACAGACCAAACUCUUCUAAAGAAACUUUAUGGGAAUUCUGAUUGGACGAGUUGCCAGGAAUGUAAACAUGAAGAGAAUAAAGAGAUUAUCGUUGCCACCCUGCCACAGGACUCGGAGGAGGAAAAAGAAACAGCAGCUGUAUGGAUGUGCUUGAAAUGUGGCCAUAGAGGAUGUGGACGAAACUCGGAGAACCAGCAUGCCAUCAAACAUUAUGAGACACCUCGGUCAGAUCCGCAUUGCCUGGUGGUCAGUUUGGAUAACUGGAGUGUGUGGUGUUACAUAUGUGAUGAUGAAGUUCAGUACUCCAGAACUGGACAUUUGGCUCAGCUAAUGACCAGCCUAAAAAAGCAAACCUCUGCAGAGCCCAUACAGAGACCACAGAAAAUGAAAGAGGAAGACUGCUUGUUGGAUGUUGAAGAGAAGACAGAGACUGUAAAAGCAGAGGAAAGUGAGGACAAGGAAAACGAAGACCACCAAAAGAAAAAUGCCAAGAAAGAGAGUGCUAGGAAAUCACAACAGUCCAGGACAACCGAAGACAAAAGUGGUGUUUCUGUUAAGGGGCUGAGCAACCUGGGAAAUACAUGUUUCUUUAAUGCAGUUAUUCAGAGUCUUUCUCAAACACAGCUGUUAAAACAGGUGCUCAACAAAGUGACAGAGGAGAAAAUUAAUCUUAAUAUAACACCUGUAGCCUCCUCAGAUCUGGAGCCCAUUGAAGUGCAGUUAGACCAGCCUGGAUCCCUGACUUUGGCUAUGUGUCAGCUUCUCAAUGAGAUCCAGCAAUCCAAGAAGGGUGUAGUUACACCGCGCGAGUUGUUCACGCAAGUUUGUAAAAAGGCUGCCAGGUUCAAAGGAUUUCAGCAGCAAGAUAGCCAGGAGCUUCUGCGCUACCUUCUGGAUGGGAUGCGUGCUGAAGAGGUCAAAAGAGUAAACUCAGGGAUCAUGGAGGCAUUGAAACAAUCUAGAAAAAACAUAGAUGGAGACCAGCUGAAAACACUUGUUAAAAAGUACGAGAAAGAUGGAUUUCCAAAAAACUUUGUGGACCAAGUUUUUGGUGGGGAAAUGACCAGUACUAUAAUGUGUCAGCAAUGUAAAACGGUGUCUGUAGUCACAGAAAUAUUUUUGGAUCUUUCCCUUCCUGUUUCUGAUGAGGCAUAUAGAAAGAAGAACCAGAAAAAAGGAGUUCAGAGGACCAGUGAAUCGAGCCUGGAUGGCAGAAACAGCCCUGCUCUGACCAAUGGAAAUGAUGACAUUCCAACUGGGGCUGGUAGCAAAUACCAGCAGAAGAAAGCCAAGAAGCAGGCUAAAAAGCAAGCAAAGCAUCAAAAGAGGCAGCAGAAACUUGAGAGCAGAGUCAGUUUAAACGGUCUCGGAUCUCCAAGUUCCACAGAGGACAAACAGACAGAACCUCCUGCAGAUGUAAAUGAAUUGGAAAAUGAUGACAGUGUGACACAUGAUGGAGACUCAUUGAGUGAUGGAAAUCCUGCACAGAAGAUUGCUGCCGAGCAGGAACUAAGGAACCUUGGCACAGACCAGGCUGAGAAAGAAAACAAAGAGGACGAAGAUUCAGUGACUGACUUCAGCUCAUCAGCUACGACUUCGGUCAGCAACCCUUUUACUGUCUUAUCAGAGGAGCACAGCUCCAAGGAUGACAAAAUAUCUGACACAGAACAGGAAGGAGAAGAGGACACAAAGCUGGUGAGUGAAAUGGAGAAAGUAACUCUGGAUGACGCCUUCAUAGAAGACACCGAUGAUAUGGAACAAAGCAUAGAGAUUGAAGAUGAGCCACUGGAAGCCAAAGAGUACACAGUAAUAAAUCAGGACCCAGAGCUGGCCUUCCACACACUGGCUACCAGAACGCCCCCUGAGAAACAGGAGUGUUCAGUGCAGUCAUGUCUGUUUCACUUCACAGAAGUGGAAGUCCUCACGCAGAACAACAGUCUGCUGUGUGUCACCUGCAGUAAACAACAACAGAGCAAAGACAAAGCUGGAGAAUCCAAGAAGAAUAUCUACACUGAUGCCUUGAAGCAAAUCCUCAUCUCUUCUCCCCCACCAGUGCUUACCCUUCAUUUGAAGAGAUUUCAACAGAAUGGAUACAGUAUAUGUAAGGUGAACAGACAUGUCCAGUUUCCGCUGGUACUGGAUCUAGCUCCUUUUUGUGCAACUAAAUGCAAGCACGUGAUAGAGGGAGAUACUCAGAUUUUGUACAGUUUGUAUGGUAUUGUAGAGCACAGUGGAACAAUGAGGUCAGGUCAUUACACAGCCUACGUGAAAGUACGGCCUGAGUGCCCUAAACCCUCAUCCAGUGGACUUGCAGCAGAAGAUGCAGAGCCACCAAGAGGAUCCUGGUUCCAUAUCAGCGACACAAGCGUUCAACCUGUGAGUGAGAGUAAAGUCCAGAGUUGCCAAGCCUACCUCCUCUUCUAUGAAAGAAUCCUCUAAUUGAAUAGUGCCUCACUACUCAGGAAAUCCAGGCAAACCAACCUGCUGUUGCUUCAGCUCCACUGUGUAAGGGAUCUCAAACACUUUACCAACAUUUGCUUGAUUUGUCAGCGAAUCAAACUGGGCUGUGAUGAGAUGGUACUGGUUACAAUGAAUGGACAUUUGACAGUGUUGACAUUUUCAUCAAAGUGGUGCGACACUAUGUUUUUCACACUCAUAAGGCCAGGUGUGAAAUGAAAAUCAAUAUGGACAUUGAACAGAUUGUGAUAGUUGAUUUGUCAAUCAGGAUGAGACUAUAAAUGGAAUUUGCUAAAAUAAUUUGUAAAAAUUUGUUUAUUUUUAAUCAAUAAAAUUCUUCAAAUGA